AAUUGAAGCUUUGCCGAUGGAAAUAAACAAUGAUACAUUUAAUGAUGAACCAUUUGCCGUCGGUGAAUGCGGUUGGUUUCAACGUCAGAAGCUUGCAUGGUGGUUCCGGUUGGCAAUUUGGAUUAUAAAGUUGGGCCCUAUCCCUCGUCAUGUUGCAUUUAUUAUGGAUGGUAAUCGAAGAUAUGCUCGCGCGCAUAAUUGUUCUGACGUAUUGGAGGGCCAUGAGCUUGGAUUUAAGCAGCUUACAAAGGUGCUGGAUUGGUGUGAUUAUGUGGGCAUACAAGAAGUCACUCUCUAUGCAUUUAGUAUAGAAAACUUUAAACGAUCAGAAUCAGAGGUUAAAGGACUUAUGGAGCUGGCAGAAAUCAAAUUCACUAGACUUUUGGAUUUGCUUCAAAAAAGCGAGGAAUCUGCCAGCCAUAAAGUUUGCAUCCGUUUCUUUGGAGAUCUUCAGUUGAUGCCUGAGAAAAUACGCUCACUGAUCACACAAAUUGAGUCAAUUACAAGGAACAAAGGAAGCACUUUUAUAAAUAUAUGUUUGGCAUAUACUUCAAGUAAUGAGCUUUUUCGGGCAGUGGAAGGAGCAAAACAAAAAAUACAGUGUGAUCAGCACGAUAAAACUAGUGAGUAUGGUUGUAUUGUUGAUGAAUGUAUGGACACAUAUAAAUGUCUUCCACUUGAUAUGGUAGUCAGGACAAGUGAGAGACGAUUAAGCGACUUCAUGCUUACGAGGUUACGCGAAUUUACAUAUCUACACUUUGAGGAGAACGUUUUAUGGCCAGAAUUUUCACUUUGGCACUUGCUGAAAUCAAUAAUUGCCUUUCAAAUAAGCAGGUUUGAACUAAUGAAGAUGAGAGCCAACAUUUCACCAAACAAGAAUCAAUUUUACAAAUUUUAUGAAUUGUUUAAACUUGCAAGUUGUGAUUAG